AUGGCGAUAGGCAAAAGGUCUUGCAGCAUCGUCUGCUUGGUAUCUAUCCAGAUUAUCUUGAUCUUCAGCGCAUCGUGGCCUGGAGCGGCGGGUCUCACGUUCCCACAGCAAUACACGAUAAUGCACUGGGCCAGACGUAUCGAACAGGAGAUUGACAGAGUCUUUCAGCACAUCACUGGCGCUCAGCAGUUGAAAGGGAUAUACAAUGAAGAAAGACGACGAUUUAGUCUCGUGAAGAAUCAGCCCCGGAAGAUUGUGGAGAAAGUGGCCUCAGAUAUAGAGAAACUCCUGGCUAAGAAGCGCAAAGCGCUCGAUAGGUUAGCCAGUGAAGCAGAGCGGCUCCAGCGAGAGCAUCUAUGGCAGGAUGGAAUCAAGGAGCUGGACAUGGCUUAUUAUGACUCCAAGGCAGAGCUGGACUAUUACUCCAUGGAUGGAGAAGGAGAGGUGGAAAAUCCUUCACACAUCAAGCUGGAGUUUGUCUAUGAUCCAAACUUCAAAAAUAAUGUCAACUAUUCCUACACAGCUGUUCAGAUUCCCACGGAUAUUUAUAAAGGAGCUCCAGUUAUUCUGAAUGAGUUGAACUGGACGCAGGCGCUGGAGAAAGUCUUCAUGGAGAACAGUCAGGAGGAUCCAUCACUGCUGUGGCAAGCGUUCGGGAGUGCUACUGGUGUCACUCGCUACUACCCAGCUACACCUUGGAAAGCUCCCGAUAAAAUCGAUUUGUAUGACGUCAGGAGGAGACCCUGGUACAUCCAGGGAGCCUCAUCCCCAAAAGAUAUGAUCAUUCUUGUUGAUGUGAGCGGCAGUGUCAGUGGACUCACCCUGAAGCUCAUCAAAGCGUCGGUGAUAGAAAUGCUGGACACUUUGUCUGAUGAUGACUAUGUCAAUGUGGCCAGGUUCAACGAGAAGGCCGAGGCUGUGGUUCCCUGCUUCAAACAUCUCGUCCAGGCUAACGUGCGCAACAAAAAGAUCUUCAAGGAUGAAGUGCAGCAGAUGCAGGCUAAAGGCACCACUGACUACAAGUCUGGUUUUCAUUUUGCCUUCAACCAGCUGUUAAAUAAGACAAAUAUUCCUCGGGCCAACUGCAAUAAAAUAAUCAUGCUGUUUACUGAUGGAGGAGAGGACAGAGCUCAGGAUGUCUUCAUGCAAUACAACUGGCCCAACAAAACGGUUCGAGUUUUCACCUUUUCUGUGGGUCAACACAACUAUGAUGUUACACCUUUACAGUGGAUCGCAUGCACCAAUAAAGGUUACUAUUUUGAGAUCCGGUCCAUCUGUGCUAUAAGGAUUAACACCCAGGAGUACCUCGACGUGCUGGGGCGUCCCAUGGUGCUGGCAGGCAGUGAUGCCAAGCAGGUUCAGUGGACGAAUGUGUACCAGGAUGCUUUGGGUCUUGGAAUGGUAGUAACUGGGACUAUGCCCGUAUUUAAUCUCACCAUGGAUGGAAACUCACAGAAUCAGCUGAUAUUAGGUGUCAUGGGGGUGGACGUGCAUCUAGAUGAGAUAAAGCGCCUAACACCACGGUACAAUCUUGGAGCCAAUGGAUACAUAUUUGCCAUUGAUCCAAAUGGAUAUCUUCUCCUUCACCCUAACCUUCAGCCAAAGCCGGUGAACCUCCCUGAGCCUGUGACGCUGGACUUCCUGGAUGCAGAGGUGGAGGACAGCAAUAAAGAGGAGAUCCGGCGACAAAUGAUUGAUGGAAGACCAGGUGAAAUGCAGGUCAAAACUCUAGUCAAGUCAAUCGAAGAGAAGUACAUUGACGAUGUAUACAGGAGUUACACCUGGACUCCUAUCAACGGCACAGAUUACAGUCUUGGUCUGGUAUUACCCCCCUACAAUGAAUACUUCAUCCAGGCAGACCUGAGUGAUGUGAUGCUGCAGCUCCAGUAUAUGCAGUCACUCCUGCCCAGCUCCUUUGAAUCCUCAGGACACGUGUUUCUGGCUCCCAGGGAAUAUUGCAAACGUCUGCAUCUUUCUGACAACAACACCCAGUUUUUGCAGAACUUCCUCUCGCUCAUGCUGGACAUUUCUCCAGAAUCUGAUGAGUGUGAUCAAGGCCUCAUCCACAACCUGAUUUUGGAUUCUAGGAUUAUCGGGCAGCUGGCCUCUCGUGUUUGGAAGAACAAGGACCUGAAUUCGUACGGCUUCCUGGCUGUAUUUGCGUCCACUGAUGGAGGAAUAACACGUGUUUUCCCCAACUUAGCUGCUGAGUCAUGGGAUGAGGAUCCCGAACCCUUCAAUUCAAAUUAUUAUAGACGGAGCCUCGACAACAAAGGCUACAUGUUCAGAGCUCCAUCCAGAUCCUCGUUAGACGACCCUGUAGGUGCAGAAAAUGGCACCGUUGGAAUUCUGGUUAGUUCGGCCGUGGAGGUUAAUUUAGGAGGCAAACUGCUCAAACCUUCAGUGGUCGGAGUGAAGCUGGACUUGGAGGCGUGGGUGGACAAGUUUAAGAUCCUGGCCAGCAAUGUGUCAGACAGUCGACAGGGCUCACACAAGUGUGGACCAUCCAGAAGCUGUGAGAUGGACUGUGAAGUGAACACUGACGACCUCCUCUGUUAUCUCAUUGAUGAUGGUGGAUUCCUGGUUAUGUCAAAUCAAAGAGAUCAUUGGAAAAAGAUUGGUCUUUUCUUUGGUGAUGUUGACCCUUACCUGAUGCAUGCACUCUACAACAACUCCAUCUUCAAUCGCCGUCAGUCUUUCCACUACCAGUCUGCAUGUGAACCAAUCAGCAGCAGCCAUACUGGUGCAGCACCAAGGGGCAUCUUUGUGCCCUCCAUUGCUGAUAUCCUCAGCUUGGCCUGGUGGACUUCCACGGUGGCAUGGUCUGUGACCCAGCAGCUGCUAUAUGGACUCGCCUACAACAGCUGGCUCUACCAAGAUGAUCUCCUGGUUGAAGGUUUUGAAACAAGGGAAAGCAGCUGUGUGACCAUCCAAAGCCAGUUCUACUUUACAAACACCACCAACUCCUACAAUGUGCUGCAGGACUGUGGAAACUGCUCACGGCUUUUUCACGCUAAACGGAUAGAAAAUACUAACCUCCUCUUUGUGGUCGCUGAGACGCUCCCCUGCAGCUCAUGUGAGAUAGAGAGAUUGACGCAGAUCAAGACAGAGUUUCAGGAGGAGAAUCCAUGCGAAGUACUGAGCAACGCACGAUAUCGUAAAGGCCCGACAUCCUGCUUUGACUACAGUGCCUUAGAAAACACGUCUGAGUGUGGGCGAGGUUGUGCACUACAAUCCUCUAUUGGAGUCCUUCUCUUUAUUCAGCUUACUCUGCCUCUUUUUCAUCUCUGA